AUGCACCGGAAGUGGACCACAAUAACGGAGAGGCAGGAGAAGAGACUAAUAAUCAUGACCAUGCCAUUAUGUCUGCUGGGCCUGCCCCUCAGAUCUAUGAAAUCAUCAAGCAGUGUCGAAAUCAUCAAGCAGCACAAUUAUCAAUCGAGCAGGAUCACUAGCAUCAAGCAGGAUCAACAGGGUCAUACUCAUCAAUCAGGCAGGAUCACGACCAUUGAGCAGGAUCAUAACCUUCAAGCACUCAUAAUUAUGAAGUUGGUCAGCAACGACCCAACCAAGAUCGAUCCUGAGACUCCAGCGGCUGCAAGACACGACAGAGGCAUCACCAAUCUUGCGAAUCGCAGAUGUCACGACACUGUCUCGAGUCCUGCCGCCCUUGGAGGCUUUCCUAUCGACAAUCUCAAACGACUGCUUUUGACUCUCUAUACGUGCGUGUGUCGGCCUCCUCUCUACGAAGCCUGUACCAACCUCGCUCACACUACUCUACCGGACUGGAUUGAAGGUAAAGUCUACAAGGCGCUACAGAUUUUCAUGCUCCCGGCCCAAUGCAGUCUGUGUCGGGAGUCCAUUCCCGCCGCUAGAUUGGAGUGCAGCAUCAGGAAGAACGUGCAGCAAAUACUUCCGCGGCCCGUGAUCAAACGAUCUCGAUUGGCAAUCUCCAUGACUCCUAAGAAUUGCCGCAUCGGCCCAAAUGCAUCGUCUCACAUCACGCUACAUUUGAUGAGAGUGCGUGGGCCUGUACCAACGCACAAGGGCGAACGAUGGACGCAGAAGUUCCAGCUUGCGUCACCUUUCGCGAGGCUAGGAAAGUACCACCCGGAGACAUUUCAUCCACCAAGCAGGCCUUCUAGACUGUGGAGUGCGAGACGAGCUAGAGGUGUAGGUGUCAAUUACGUCAAAGAUGAAAAGAUGGCGCUGGAGGUGUUGUUGGUAGAGAUGGUUGGUGAUCGGAAAGCCAGCGAGCUGUGCGCCUAUAUCAUUGAUAGGUGUCACGAAAUUCUGACCACUCUUGUGGUCCAUGAAUGCCGUGUAUCAAACUCUCCGUUCCUUGCGCAAGAGAGAUCUGCUGUUUUUCGGCAACAGGGCAACCUCUACGGCCACGGGCGAUGCUCUUUGUUGUCGAAAGCGCACGCCUGCACUCACACUGCAAACCCUGCCGUCAUGGGCGAUGUCUUCAGGAGACGGCUGCAUACAUGUAUAGGUCCACGAAAUCUCCCGGUCGGUGAGUCUCGGGCCAUGAACCUGUCGGUUCACCGCCCUUUGGAUUCCAGCAAUGCGUCUCAGCUAGGUUCGGUGGUAGAUUCCCCACCUUUGAUCACAUCUCGAAAGAAGAUCACUGCCUUCCGAUCUCAGGAUCAUCGAUGGUUGCCGUGUAAGCUGGGGACUUGUGGCUUGACUGCUCUGUGGAUGACUUUUAGCAUUCAGCACAUCGGAAUCUCCUUUCUGCUUUGGUGGCCGAGCCAUGGUGAUCUUAGAACGGAGCAUGACUUUCACACCGGCAAAGCCACGAAGAAAAGCAGACCAGGAAACCUGUUGUUCUCAGCCACGCAUUCUGGUCUUCUGGCGAACAUCUGCCAGAUCGUCCACCAAUUGCUCUACUGUCAAGGGCUGGCAGUUCUAAUCGCCAACGCUUGCCUUUGCGAAUCGAUCAUUUGGGCUCCAAUACGCGGCCUUUCGCAUGAAGACGACUCACAUGCGUAUUUUGUCGCCAGAUGUAGUCACCCUUGUCCACGGAUUCGCGUGCUCACUUGGCUUGUUCUUAUGAAUCAAUAUCGGGCAAUUCCCGGCCUAGAAAGCCUCCCGAGAAAGACAUUUCCAUUCGAUGGCAACUCCCAAACCAUAGCAGUCUGCAGCCAAUUGUUUCCCAUUCGAUGCGAGGCUCUCAAACUUUGGAACUGUAAGCGGCAGAAUGACGAUAGCAUUGCCGUCUUUUCGGUCAUUCCUAGCAAUCGUGGGGGGUUUGAGGCGCAGUUUGUACUGAUUUCCCUUUACUUUCGAAGCAAAAGCAACUAG